CCCCAGAGAUGGAGAGCUGGGUCUGGAAGCGCGGAGCAGAGACCAGCUCCCAGGCGGUGGCCCUGGCCGAAGGCUUCCUCCCGAGCCGUGCGGAGCAGAAGAUACAGCGAAAGCGGCAGGUUCAAGAGCUCUUCAUGGAGGUGGCCACCCAAGCGCCUAAAGCAUUAGGGGAUGUGUCAUAUGCCCCUCAGAAACUUGUCUUGGAGGGGAUCUCCCAGGAGGACCCAUCUCAAGUCCCACCAUCAGAAAAUGGAACAACAAUGAUGAUACCGGUGGAAACAUCUCUUUGUGGUGGAGCAGAAACAGUGAUUGUACUUCCAGCUCAGGUUCCCGUGUCCUUCGAAGAUGUAACUGUGUUUUUCUCUGAAGAGGAGUGGGCUCUGCUGGAUUUUGACCAAAAAUCCCUGUACAGAGAAGUCAUGCUGGAAAAUGCUAAGAAUGUUGACUCCAUGGUUGACAGGCAGGACACUGAGGCUAAUAAAGAACCAGGUGUGAAAUCUUUGCAAAAAACUGAAACUGGUGAAGGGAUAUUGAACAAUCAGGUGGAGGCAAAUGUGCGUGGAGAAAAUCAGUUGAACAAUAGGAUGCAGAAAUUCUCUAUUUUUCAGUAUGGAGAAAACCGCACUUUCCAUAUGCAACAUCAUAAAGAAAAAAGAAGCUGUUUAAAGGGUGGAAAAAUGUUCAGCAAUAAAUCAGAUGAAUAUAGCAGAACCCACACUAAAGGGAAGCCACUUGGCUGCAGGGAAUAUAGAAAAAAUGAUUUCAAUCUCUGUCUUACUUUACAUCAAAGGAUCGAGAUAGAAAAACCAUAUAAAUCUCCAGAGUGUGGGAAAAGCUUUAAUGAGAGCCGUACUUUUAAUACCCAUAAAAGAAUCCAUAGAGUGGAGAAGUCAUAUAAAUGCACGGAUUGCAGAAAGAGUUCCUAUACAAGCAAUGAUCUUGCUUUACAUAAAGAGACCCACAUAGGAAAGAAACCAUAUAAAUGCAUGGAGUGUGGAAAGAGCUUCCACAAGAGUAUUGAUCUUACUAUUCAUGAAGGGAUACACGCAGGGGAGAAGCGAUAUAAAUGCACUGCAUGUGGAAAGAGUUUCACCACAAGUGGUUCUCUUACUUCCCAUAAAAGAAUCCACACAGGGGAGAAACCAUAUAGGUGCAUGGAAUGUGGAAAGAGUUUCAGUACAAGCAGUGAUCUCGUUUCCCAUAAAAGGAUCCACACAGGAGAGAAACCAUAUAAAUGUAUGGAGUGUGGAAAGAACUUUAGAAUGAAACGUGGUCUUACUUCCCAUAAAAGGAUCCAUACAGGAGAGAAACCAUAUAAAUGCAUGGAGUGUGGGAAGAGCUUCACCACAAGUGGUUCCCUUACUUCCCAUAAAAGGAUCCACUCAGGGGAGAAACCAUAUAAGUGCACGGAGUGUGGAAAGAGAUUCAGUACAAGCAGUGAUCUCAUUUCCCAUAAAAGGAUCCACACAGGAGAUAAGCCAUAUAAAUGCAUGGAGUGUGGAAAGAGCUUUAGAAUGAGACGUGGUCUUACUUCCCAUAACAGGAUCCACACAGGAGAUAAACCAUAUAAAUGCAUGGAAUGUGGAAAGAUCUUUAGAAUAAGGAGUGACCUUACUUGCCACAAAAGGAUCCACACAGGGGAGAAACCAUAUCAAUGCAUGGAGUGUGGAAAAACUUUCAGUUGGAGCAGUAACCUUACUUCCCACAAAAGGAUCCACACUGGGGAGAAACCAUAUAAAUGUAUGGAGUGUGGAAAGAACUUUAGAAUGAGACGUGGUCUUACUUGCCAUGAAAGGAUCCAUUCAGGGGAGAAGCCAUAUCAUUGCACGGACUGUGGAAUGAACUUCAGUCAGAGUGGUCAACUUAUUUCUCAUAAAAGAAUCCACACGGGGGAGAAACCUUAUCAGUGCAUGGACUGUGGAAAGAGUUUUAGAGACUUGAGUUCAUUUACUUCUCAUAAAAGGUUCCACUCAGGGGAGAAGCCUUAUAAAUGCAUGGAGUGUGGAAAGAACUUUACUAAUAGCAGUCAACUUACCUCCCAUAAAAGGAUCCACACAGGGGAGAAACCGUAUCAGUGCAUGGAAUGUGGAAAAAGCUUCACCACAAGUAGUUCCCUUACUUGCCAUAAAAGGAUCCACACGGGGGAGAAACCAUAUCAAUGCAUGGAAUGUGGAAAGAGAUUCAGUACAAGCAGUGAACUCAUUUCUCAUAAAAGGAUCCACACAGGAGAGAAACCAUAUAAAUGCAUGGAGUGUGAAAAGAGCUUUACUAAAAACAACAAACUACCCCCCAAUAAAAGGACCCACACGGGGGAAAAGCCAUAUCAAUGCACAGACUGUGAAAAGAGCUUUCAUACAAGCAGUUCACUGAUUUCACAUAAAAGGAUCCACUCAGGGGAGAAACCGUAUCAAUGCAUGGAGUGUGGAAAGAGCUUUACUCAAAACAAUCAACUUACCUCCCAUAAAAGGAUCCACACGGGGGAGAAACCAUAUCAAUGCAUGGAAUGUGGAAAGAGAUUCAGUACAAGCAGUGAACUCAUUUCUCAUAAAAGGAUCCACACAGGAGAGAAACCAUAUAAAUGCAUGGAGUGUGGAAAGAGCUUUACUCAAAACAAUCAACUUACCUCCCAUAAAAGGAUCCACACAGGGGAGAAGCCAUAUCAAUGCACAGACUGUGAAAAGAGCUUUCAUACAAGCAGUUCACUGAUUUCACAUAAAAGGAUCCACUCAGGGGAGAAACCGUAUCAAUGCAUGGAGUGUGGAAAAAGCUUCAGUAUGAGCAGUAACCUUACUUCCCAUAAAAGGAUUCACAGUGGGGAGAAACCAUUUAAAUGUGUGGAUUGUGGAAAAAACUUCAGAGACUUGAGUUCCUUUACUUCCCAUAAAAGAAUCCACUCAGGGGAGAAACCAUAUCCAUGCAUGGAGUGUGGAAGAAGCUUCAGUACAAGUGGUUCCUUGACUUCACAUAGGAGGAUCCACACGGGAGAGAAACCAUAUCAGUGCGAGGAGUGUGGAAAGAGUUUCAGUCAGCGCACUUCCCUCUCUUUUCAUAAAAGGAUCCACCCAAAGGAAAACCCACUCACCAGUACAUAAUAUAGAAGGAGCUUCAUUCAGAGUAGUGAACCUCUCAAAAGGAGCCACAUGGGGGAGAGGCCAUAUACAUGCAUGCAGUGUGGAAAGAACUUGUGACUGCAUUUCUGAUCACAAUGUCAAAAUGGAAAGGGAGUGAGUUAUGAUUAGAGAAGAUAGGUUAGAGUGAGGGAAGGGGAAGAAAAGGGAUAAAAUGGAUUGGCCAGAUGAAGGAGAUGACAGGAAAGUUUUGGAAGAGCUUCAGAUUACUACAAUAUGGAAGCCAUGAUUUUCUCUGUGUAGCAGAUACAGUAUAGCUGGACUUGAUGGCAUCUAACUAAACAUAUGCUUCAAAUAUAAUUCCACCAGCAGUGAGAUAUUAGGGAUACUGAGAUUUUUAUUAAACCAUUACCCGAAUGGAAGGUGAGUUUUUUUUCCUUCAUAAUCAUUAGCUGUGAGUUGGGUUGGGGAUGCUGAUUUACAGUUUGGGAACAGACAUCUGUGUUGAAUAUGACUGGGCAAGAGGUAUAAUUGGCUAUAGACAUAGAUGUGAAUCAUUUGAGCAUUGGCCAGCCCUUAAUCCUAAUCCUAAUUUGUGGGAUUGUGGUUUAUCCCUGCUUGUCUGCAGAAACAGUUUCGCUAAGGCCUAAGGUGGAUUUCUGUCUCUUUUCUUACUUCCUUGAUCCACUUACUUCUUGUGGUAAUACGCCUCCAGUUCCAUUCUUCUUUGCAUUUACGCCCCCCCC